AUGUGUAUUGAUUACCGGCAGUUGAACAAGGUUACAAUCAAGAAUAAGUAUCCAUUGCCGAGGAUUGAUGAUUUGUUUGAUCAGCUUCAGGGUGCUAAGGUAUUUUCGAAGAUUGACUUGAGAUCUGGCUACCAUCAAUUGAGGAUUAGGGCAUCCGAUGUUUCUAAGACAGCUUUCCGCACUCGGUACGGGCAUUAUGAGUUCUUGGUGAUGUCAUUCGGGAUGAAAAAUGCCCCAGCAGCUUUUAUGGAUUUGAUAAACCGAGUGUUCAGGCCUUAUUUGGACUCAUUCGUGAUAGUCUUCAUUGAUGAUAUCUUGAUAUAUUCCCGCAGCCAGGAGGAGCACGAGCAGCAUCUCAGAGUGGUUCUUCAGACUCUGAGGGAUAGUCAGUUAUAUGCUAAGUUCUCGAAGUGUGAGUUCUGGUUGAGUUUUGUUGCAUUCCAGGGUUAUGUUGUAUCAGCAGAGGGUAUUUAG